AUGCUAGAGCCCCUCCCUACCUCAAAUUCUUCGUUGGUCGAUCCCCUCCUAACGACAGCGGGGACAUCACUCGGCCCGCUGCAUACACCAUGGCCAGAACCAACCAGCAAUUUCGGGGACAUUGCUUUCUUCAUCGACACGCUAUCAAUGGAUCAGCCCAUCUUGCCCUUCUCGUCAACUUCGCUCUUCUCUGAUGGCACCCGGACUCAAUCGUCACGGCUUCACGCCGACAUGCCGGACUCCGUGGGGGACGAUCCGCAAGCGCCGCGAUUGUUUGAUGACUUCACCUCCACAUUCCCCUCCUUCGACCCUCCUCCUAAGUCAAGUGCGGAGCCAUGGAAAGUCACUCAGGAAAUCUGGGAUCACUUUCUCACGCAGAUACAGAGCUUUGCGGCACUACUUCCUCCGCAAUUUUUUCUUCCAUCCCGCCACACGAUGACCCGUUAUAUCACCACUUACUUUACCGGGUUUCACCGACAUCUACCUUUCCUCCAUGUCCCGUCGUUCUCGCCUAUCAAGUGUCCAGUGGAGCUGGUUUUAGCCAUGGCGACGAUUGGGGCGCAGUCAGCCUUCGAUCACGCAAAUGCCAUCAUGUUUUAUCGGACCUCCUUGGCCAUCGUCCAGGAGCGGCUGCAGCGUAGAAAGACCCAGCGACGGGAUAAGUGUUUUCCUGCGCCAGCAAGUCAUCCCACUGAGCCACAAACAGAUCAAUUUGACCCGCUACCCCCGGCACAAACGCUCCUUAUACUGAUGGCGAUGGCGACCUGGGGCAACUCUCACGCGAUCUUCAACGAAGCUGUCGGAUUGCAAAGCACUCUUGCCAACUACAUCCGCGAUGAAAAGCUACUGGCGCCGCCGCCUUCACCAGACCCAUCUUGGGCUUCCUGGGUCCAGGCCGAAGGCAUGAACCGCACCAUCAACAUAAUCUUCUGCUUCUUCAUCUUCCACACCAUCGUGUAUGACACCCCGCCUGCGAUCCUGAACUGCGAACUGCAAACCCGUCUCCCCUGCCGAGAGACCGUGUGGGAAGCCCCCAACCAGGCCGACUGGAUCGAAGCCCGCAAGAGCCUGCCUGCAGAGCCCACCUUCCAAUCCGCAUUCUCCCGCCUCUUCGUCGAGCAGCAGCAGCAGCAGCCCACCUCAAGCCUAGCCACGUACCACUCGCUCGGCGGAUACACCCUCAUCCUCGCGAUAAUCCAACACAUCUACUUCCUCCGCGCCACCAAUCACCACCGGCAGCAGAGCGACGGCUGCCUCAGCCCCCGGACAACGACGAUACCCCCGCCAGCCAUCGCUGCCGUCGAGCAGGCCCUCAAAAACUGGCAGGUGGGCUGCGGCCCGAUCUCCUUCAACGCGACCGCCCUCCUCCGCAUGGCGUACAUCCGGCUGAGCAUCGACGUCGGGCCCUGGCGGGCCCUUACCAGCCACAAUCCAGGGGAGAUCGCGGCGUCGAUGUAUGCGUAUCAUCGCCAGCACUCCCACCACCACCACCACCACCACCACGACGUCCACCACCGGCUCACCCGCACCGUCCUCUACUCCGCCCACGCCCUCAGCAUCCCCGUCAAGAUCGGCGUGAACAUCGUCGCCCGCAACCAGGCGUUCGCGUGGUCGCUCCAGCAUGCUCUCUGCGCGCUCGAGUGCGCGUUUGUCACCAGUCAGUGGUUGCUAGCCAUGGAGGCGCGGCGACACGAUACCGACGCCACGCUCACUUCGGCCGUCGAGGAGCGUGAGCACCAUGGCGUCCCGAGAGAUCCAGGCAGUGAGCAGGAGAGGGAGGAGGCGGAGCGGUUGCUGGCGUACAUCAAGGACAUGGUGGCGGAGGCGGAUCCGGCCGGCGAACUGGCGGCUCGGGGGGGUCGAGGCAAUUCCCCGCCCGUGGAUCUCUGCGUCCACGUCCUCAAAAUCUGGCAGAAGCUGUUGAGUGGCGAUGCGGUAUGGGAUGUCGUCCGCUUGAUCGGACGGGUGUUGGAGGCCUAUUGGCGGAUUCUGGAGGGAGGGCUCGCAUCCGAGGUCGGGGGUUCCGGGUGA